AUGAAUUCAGGAAGCUAUUCUCCUCCAAAUAACUCCAGAAAUUCUGUCCAUCCCGAAGCCUAUCGCCACUCUUCUGUCACCUUUCCCCCACAGCUCAUCACCACCUCAAAUUCGUCAAACAUUGCCGGACGCAUCGUCAAACUUGCAGUCGCUGUGCUUGUUCUCACCCUUGGAAUAGGACUGGCGCUCCUCGCCUAUGUCCUUACUUCAAAGGUUUCAUGGACGAGUUCAGAGGUCAUAACGGCGGUUCCGCAAGGAAAUGUACUGCUAAUCACAGCAACAGCCAGCAAGUUUAUUCUGACUUGCGUCCCUCUUAUCAUGGGCCUUGCUGCUUAUAGCGUCGCGCAUGUCUGGCUCGAUGCGUCAAAUCGUAGACAGAAACUCGGGGUACCAACUCCGUAUCAGUAUGUGCUCCUUCUUGGGCUCUUUCAGGGGGCGAGUCCGAUCGAACUCUGGCGCACGCUCCGCUACCUUGUCAGGGGAACCGGGAGAAGAAGUAGAGCUUCAUACCCACUCAUUUAUACCUUCAUAAUUCUCUUCAUAGCCCUCGUCUUGGCAUACCUCCUGGUUGGUCUUGACUUUGCGCUACAUUCCCUAUCGACGACGCGACUUGUUAGUGCCAUUGGAGCCCAAAUAGAUGUAUCGACACUUGCUACGUCAGAUCUACAUGGCAUGGAGUUCAAGUCGGACUGCAACGCACUCGACGGCAACAGCAAUGCCUGCACUAUCCAGCUCAUCUCCGGUUCCCGUCAACCGGCCGAAUUCCGAGAAGGUUCACGGAUUCUGGCGGGUUUGUCGUCAAAUCACCGCAUUUCAUAUACUUCUCCAUCUCUUGGCCAAGAUACGAGGGUAGCUAUACUCACACCAGCACUUCAACCUACGGACAAGUCUUUCAGCGCACGGACAACAGCGGUGUCUACAAUAUGUAGCCCAAUUUCUUCGUCUUGUGAUCUCCAGACACCUUGCGAUGCAUCAUACCACUACCCGCUUACCAACCUCCCCUUGGGUAUAGGAAACGCGUCGGCAGAGCUCUGGUGGUCGACUUGCUCGGCAUUUGCAUGUGCGCCACCUUCCUGGCCGAAAUAUUGGCUGCGUUUCCGCAACGAUACCGUCGUGGUGUUCAGCGAACCUCUCGAGCAGCGUGGUGAGAACGAAAUGGUAGAUCAGCAAGCAGCGAUGGACCCAGCAUUUGCUAGCGUCAAUCCCUUUCGAAUUAUUGUCAACGUUGCCUCCUACCUCGAUGCUAGCAUCCUCGACGACGUCUGCGCUCAGAAAACAGAGGAUGGAAAGGAGUGCAUCAAAGGAAAAGAUGAAGGGUAUUUAUACUCUGGUGGUGCAAACCCAAGAAUGGGGAGGUCACCUAGCGUACGAUACACGCUCCUUGGGUGCACCAUGUCGAUCUUGGACGUCGACUAUACGUAUCUCAAUCGCACCUACACUAUCAACUCGUCCAAUUUAUCCACCCAAGCCACUACCCAAGCAUUGAGUAGUGUGCUCUACACCGAGAACGGGCUGAGGGGUGGGCGAGGUCGACAGAUGUCAAACUGGCUUAUGACGUUUGCGGCUUCGGGUGCAUCGUCGAAAGAGUUGGCAGGUAAACUCAGCGAGGAAAUAGGGCGUAGUAUGCUUGGAUUAGGUCACGCGGCAUUCGAUUCCUCGUUACCGGUAACAAGAGCUACUACUGCGCACGAGGUGUUGGCGACCGUCAUCCCGACAUGGACCUUGGGAGCAUUCAUUGCGGGUCUAGGAGUGUUUGCACUUCUUGGGAUCGUGCUGGCUGGAUUGGCGAUGACAGCGGAUAAAACUGCCAUUGUGGUUAAAAGAUCUGGUCCCCCGGGGAGUACAGGGGUUGGAGAAGAUCCGGUUGCCAACGUCAUUGACAUUGCACGGCGAAGGUUAUGUGAACCUACUGGCCUCGUUUACGAGUUAUUUGAGAAAGAUGCGGAUACGGCUGGAAUAAGAUGGAUGGCGGAUGGAGAAAAGAUGUUCGAUGAGAGCCCUAUAGCAGUGGGUAGUGGGCCUGAGCAGAUAAAGAGACGUACUUAG